AUGUCUCAAGCAGCUUUGGAACGUCAAAUUCGCCCCAUCUAUGAGGCUCUCGAUUCUGGCUCUACCAAGGCUGCCCUCGUGGCUUGCAACAAGGUUCUCAAGAAAUAUCCUAAAAAUGAACUCGUUAAAGCUCUCAAAUCGUUGGCACUUGUGAGGUCACAGAAGGUCGAGGAAUCUCUCGUCUUGUGCGACGAGAUCCUCGAAUCGAAACCUACCAAUGAUGCCACGUUGAGUGCCAUGACCCUCGUAUUGAAGGGGCUUGGACGAUACAAUGACACUAUCACGAUGUUUGAAGAUGCCUGGAAGCAACAGCCCGGUAAUGAAGACUUCGGAGCUCAAACCUUUAUUGCAAACACGCGUACAGCGAACUGGAAGGCUGCCCAACAGAUCGCGACACGCUUGUAUAAGGCAUUCCAAGAAGACCGCUAUUUAUACUGGAACGUGAUCAGUGCCAUUCUUCAGGCUAACGACCCCGAGACCCCUCCCAAUAUGAAAACGAUCCUCUACAAACUCGCUCAUAGGCUUAUCGAAUCCUGCCCUACACCAUCCUAUAUUAACACCGACCGUUUUUAUCUUCACCUAUCCAUCGUACGCGAGCUUAAACUCUGGGACGAAGCCAAGAAGCUGCUGGACAGCGAUGUCGGCAAGGCCAUCUGCGCGACUAGUUUGUCUGUUAAUGAAAUUAGAAGGGAGAUAUGGAAGGAGCAAGGCCUCCACAAGGAAGAAAGCCAACGUGCGAAGGAACUCAUUCUGGAAAAGAAUGACCGCAAUUGGCUCGAGUUCUUGGCUGUCCUCGAUGCUGCCUUUGCUCCUAUCACCACUGCCGAGGGCGAGGUCUCAGACGAGCGGAAAGCGGAGGUGUCUGCCAACGUUGAUGCCGCUCGUUCCCUGUUCACUCAGGUCGCUGAGCUGGAUGGUCUCAAGGAUAGAUCAGGCUUGCUCGGUCUCGUAGAACUCGAGCGCCGAUCUCGACAGCACGGUGUUUCAGAAGAUCCUUCCAAGCUGGUCGCACUGAUGUCGAAAUACUUUAACACUUUCGGCGACAAGUCGUGCUGCUUCGAGGACCUCAAGCCCUUCCUUUCGUUGGAAGGUGAAGAACUUGAACGAUGGUCAUCGUUCUUGAAAACCGUAUCCCUCAACGUCGACACCGUCGACAAUCUCCAAAGAACUAUCAACGUUCACAAAUUCAUCCGCUACAACCUAUCGGGUGAUCAGCUCACUGUCGAAGGCGAGCAGGAGCGAUUGAAGGUCUACAUUGAACACUAUGAACAUGCGCUACCUCUCGGCGCUAAUCUGCCAUCGACCGAGCGCCAGCCCGCCGAUGACUUGGCUCUCUUGGCAGGCAACACCUACGUCAAUCUUUGGACCAUCAGCGGCGAUGAAAGCCAUUUACAGGCGGGCGCUGCUUUCUUGGAAUAUGCGCUGACCAAGAGCAAGCAGCUAUUCUUUGCAAGGCUUAUUCUCAUCCGCAUUUAUCGACUUCUUGGUGCACCAUCGCUUGCCUUGGAGCACUACCGUGCCAUGGGAAUUAAGCAGGUUCAGAACGAUACCCUUUCGCAUCUUCAUCUAUCCCGAGCUUCGACCUUCUCCUUGGCGCCAACCGGUGACCUCACCUACAUCUCGGAGUGCUUGGAUGCUACUUCCAUCUACCUCAGCAACUCUCAGGAGACGUCCGACUUCAUUAUCCGAGCCUUCAACUCUGAGAAAUAUUCUCAGAUCCCCGAAUUCAUUACUUUCGAGGAACGUUUGGAGAACUCGCUUCAACGGGACUGCAUCAAGAUCGAAUAUUUGCGAAUGCGACUGUCACAUGAACAGCUGUUGUCUGAUCUUAUUGACAUGGAGCUUAUCGAGCUCAAGUUUGUCUUUGACCGAUUGCACUACGACAACAGAGACUUCGAGAUCUUCCCCGAUUAUCAACCCAAGGCCUCGAAAUCUCUCCACGAACAGACCGUUCUGUUCGACAAGGUUGAGGGUAUGGGCUGGCUCUCUAUCUUCCUGAAGACCUAUAUCCGAGCCUUCCAACACGCCAGCGACAUGGACGAUACUGUCGAGGACAAACUGUUGAUCGGUGAUCGACCAAAGCAAACCGCCGUCUUCGACAAGUCGCUCACUUACCGUGAGCGCCUGAAGCAACGCACAGAGGAGGAGUAUGCCGAGCUUACAGAGGAGGAGAGGAAGUUUGUCGACUUCACCAGCGCCCUUGCUGACUGGAUAGAGCCCUACCACGAUUACGCCCGACCUCCGCCCGAGGUUGUUUUGGCUGAAGCUGCGAAGCAGACUGAACUUAAGACUGGUCACCCCUUGAAGGGCUUCCAGCUCCCCGCCAAUGGUACAAAUGGCUCUCACAAGAAGGAUGAGGAGCCUCCGGCGGUGACUGAGCCACCUGCCCUACUUGCUCAACACUUUGAGGAUGCCAAAGCACGCUUUGCCGCUUUGAAGGGAUCGGGUUCUGUCGUUGAUAUCCUGCACCUCGCAGCCCUCGUUCAAGAGGCAUUCCUCUUCGUCACUGUCGAGACCCUUCGCUUCAAAUCUGCCUCUGUGAUCAAGAUCAACAAGUUCGGCGGUCUGGUUCCCCACAUCAAAGCUAUCAGAGCUGCUGGUGUCAGUGCACUGAAGGAAAUCUCGGCUAGCGUACUCGAGAUUGCUGAGACUGUCGGAUCUGCUGACUCUCGCAAGGCUGUCACCCAGGCGUGCGGUGCUGUCCCAUCUUCCAAGAUCGACCACGACUUCGCUUUCGUCUCCGCCAAGAAGAUCGUCGAGUCCAGGAAGAAGGUUUUGGAAGGUGUCAGCAAGGGACUCGCUAAGGUUGCGACCAACUAUGCUUCAUAGUCACCUUCAUAAAGGAUGUCGGCUCCAACAAUCCCUUCGUCUCCCAUCCUGUCGUUUGCAUCCCCACUCAUCUGCAUUGUACUUGUACAUCAAUCGCAUUCUGUCGCAAACACAGUGUAUGCUAAUCUGAACACAUGGCUAAUCGGAUGUAUCAAAGUUUC